AUGAAAGAAAGACAUAGAAUCCUUCUGUUGUCGGGAUUAAUACUGUUUUCAUUUUAUUUUGUAUAUGACAUCCCGUCUGCAUUGAGCCAUCACAUGGACUUCGGCUCUGAAUCAGGCAUAGAGUACAAAAUAACUUUACUCUAUUCGGUGUACUCUCUACCAAACAUAAUUGUCCCUGUAUUCUUUGGAUGGAUCACCCACGUAAGGAAGUCUACCAUGGCUAAGCUUCUAUGUGCUUUUGUCUUUCUCGGACAUCUAAUCUUCACAAUAGGAGUUUGGAACCACAGCUUCAAGAUCAUGCUUAUUGGGAGGUUUUUCUUUGGAAUUGGAGGAGAGAGCUUUGCAGUCAUUCAGAACAAACUAAUAUCUUAUGAAUUCAAGGGGAAGGAGUUAGGAUUCGCAAUGGGGAUCUUUUCAUGCAUUGCCAGGAUGGGCACGGUUGCAAACUUCCUUGUCACUCCCUUCCUGGCAGAUUAUAUUGGAAAGAUGUUUCCAUGUGUGGUUGGGAUAUUCCUGACUCUUCUGGGACUUUGGGUCUGUCUUAGAAUAAAUAACUCGGAAAGAUCUCACAAGGUACUCAAGCAGAAGCUUAUAGAACUUCAAAAGAAUGGAUUUGGGGAUGAGGUUCAAGAAGAAAAGAUGUACCCUGGAGAAGGGUUUCUUGAAGAGUCGGACUCGGGAUUCCUUCUAAAAGCAAGCGACCCCACGCCCAGAGAUGCUUCCAACUCUCUAAGCAUUCCGGAAAACCCGUUUUUCUAUGAUUACAAAGAAUCAAAGCCCAAGGAACUUCUUCAAACAGAUCCAAUUCUCUUUGAAAAUCCCUUCUCUCCUUGGAAGGCAGAUGGAAAAGAGACCACAUCUAUAAAAAGUAGACUUGAAAAGGGAAAGCCCAAAGUACUCUUUGAAGAGUCAGGCAUAUUGUUUUACGAGCCGAGGCUUGAAGGAAAGAAUACUCAUCACUCAGCCUUCUAUGUACUCGUCGGGAUGUCCUUUUUGUUUGCUUUGGUAUGGGCACCAUUCUACACAAUAGCACCAAUGCUAUUUCAAAAGAGAUACGGUUUAUCUCCUGUCUCAUCUGGAAACGUUCUGGCAAUCAUCGAAGGGAUAUCCCUAGUAUUGGUUACAUUUACAAGUGCAAUUACAGACGCAUAUGGACUUAAGCUAUGGCUGAUUGGCGCUGGAUGCAUUCUUUUUCUCUUAGGGCACCUAGGGAUAUUCUUUAACUUCCUAUCUCCAUAUGCAUCUGCUACAUUUUUAGGAUUUUCUGGACCGCUAAUAGCAUGCUACUGGCCGUGCAUUCCAUCUUUGGUAUCAGAGGAGUCCUUGGGAACAGGCUUUGCCACCAUAUAUUGCAUCCUGAACCUGGCAUUUACAUUUUCUCCAAUUGCCGUUGCAUUCCUUGCCUCCGGGGACUACUCCUAUGACAACGUCGAGAUUUACAUAUUAAGUGUGGGAAUGCUGGCCUUUUCUCUAGUUGGGCUUCUUUUCUACUUGAACAAAAAGCAGUCUCUAGGGCUGAAUAGAAAAACAUUAACGGAGAUGGAGACUGAAUAA